CUGAAGCCAAGGCCUCUGAAUUGGGGAACCGGGCAGAAGCCCUGACCAGUGCCCUCCAACUACUGGCACCACCUCCUGGGGCUCAGACCCCGGCCCGGGAGCUGUCCCUAGGAGCUGUCUCUAUGGUAGCUGCCAUCAGCAACGGUGUCCCCUCUGCCUACCGGUCCCAAAUGCAGAAAAACCUGGACAAAGACACCUUAGACAGGGUGGUUAUAGUAGAGCCCUCAUGUGAUGGCCCACCCUGGGAGCCAGUGAUGGUCAGGAGAAUCCAGGCCAUGUCAGUGGAGGAAAGGACGUCGGUGAUGAAGACAGUGCGCAGCUACAUUGAGGUGCCCAGACAGGUCAUCAUGAAGGAGCAAGUGUCAGAUACCAGCUUCCAGGGCCUCCUGACACCCUUGAACCUGGACCCCAUGGAGCCUUUGGAGAAGAUGCUCUUCUUCUAUAUCUACGGACUGCUGCUCAGAGAGUGCGCCGUCAUUGAGGUGGUGAGCAGCCAUCUGGUUGGUCUCCUCCAGCUGUCGCAUCAGAUGUCCAGUCAGCGGGAGGGCAUUGCAUUGACCAUCGGCAUAGCAUCUAUCUCACACUUGGAAAAGGUGUGGACAGUUAUGGAACACGUGGGCCACACCUGCUUCCUGAGAUGGUCCUUUGCACCUAUAGAAGGCCAGGAUCCUGACAUACACUGGAAGUGGUUCGGCAGCACCUCCCUGCUCUGCUACGGGCAGAUAGCCAUACACACGAAGGAGCAUAUCCUGCCCUGGGUGGACAACAUUGCUUCCAGGAUGGUGUACUACUUCUCCUGCAGCUACUGCGAUGACAUCCUCAAAAGUAGCUUCCUUUCAGCCACCAUCAUGCUCUUGCGAGCUCUCAAGCGGGAGCACAGCACCUGGAACUACAAGUUCACACAGAUCCCAGAACUGGUCCAGUGUCUCCUGUACAUCAUUGAGAAGGAGCCCAAUUACCUAGUCAGCCUCUUCCGGCAGAAGAUCAUUCUGGCCAUUGUAGGACUGAGCAACCUGCGGCCUCAGUUCAAGCCCCUUGUCAAGUCCAAGAUCCUGGAGACCUGCCUGCGGAGCAUGUACACAUUGCCCCCCACGGAGAAGCUGAAGAGCUGCCUGCCACCCAUGGAGUCAGAACCAGACAUCUCAGAUGUCACGGUGCUGUAUCAGAAGUCCAUGCAUGCACUGAACCUGCUGUUGCAGAACUUUAUCUCAGAGAAUGAGAGCUUGGAUGAGAUCUGCUUCCUCCUGCAGCACACAGAGCCCUGGCUGAUGUCAGACAGCAGCCAUGAGCGUAAGCGGGUCGUGCAGUCUAUCUUCCUGCUCCUGCGGCAUGUGGUAGAGAACCUGAAACUCACUAAAGAGGCCAUGCCCUCAGAGCUAGGCCACCAGAUUGGCCUGCUGAUGCUGCUCUGGUGGGACCAAGACAAGGUCAUUCGCAGCCAUUCCCGCCAGUGUGUCUAUCUCCUCCUCCUCCUCCUGACGCAGCAGAAGGACAGUGUGGCAGAGUUCAUGCAUUUGAAUAAACUGAAGAACUAUGAAGCCAAGACCUCCAGGGAACCAGAGGUGAAGUUUGACCCUGUGGUGAAGGCCUUGAAUAAGAACCUGACCAUGGCCCAGCACACACAGAUGUUGCUCACUCUUCUGCAAGGACUCUGUAGCCACAACCACCUGCGCUGUGAGCUGGCCUCCCAGCUUCUCCUGACCAUCUUUGAAAACAACUUCAUCAAAUCUGAGCAGGUGGCUGAGACCAUACACGGGCUGUUCCAGGAACUGCCUUGCAUCAUGUUCAAGAACAUCCAGAAAACCAUGAUAAAGGCUGUGACAGUCCUGGGGACUCAGCACACCCAGGAGACUGUUGCUGUGAUGUUGUCUCUGGGCCACCCCUCAGAGAGGCAGCUCAUUCCCCUGUGGAAGGCUCUGGCCAACAACCAGCAGCUGGCCCGCAAGGUGGUGAUCCUACUGUACAUGAAGCUGAAGCUGCGGCCCUCCAGGGACCUCAUCACCAUCAACACCCGGGCCGAGCUCUUCUCCCUGCUGGCCUUGGGCACCAUUUACGAGCUCCUCUACAUCCGUGAGUACAAGGCCACAGUGCGUUGGGCCUUUGCGGGCAUCCUUCUGGGCCUGCUCAGUCAGCUUCACUACCUGUUCGAGCUGGACAUGGUGGAGGACCUGUCCGACUACCAGGAGGACAUCCUAGAAACACGGUUUCUCAGCCCCUGCAGGACCUGUCUGGAGGCCCUGAAGGGUCUCUUCUGGACCACCAACUACUGGGAGGUGUUUGCCUACCUUAAGCUGAUGCAGGGCUGGGAGCUCUUUGAACGCAUGGAAACCUACACAGAGGGUGUGACCCUCUUGGCUAGGGCCAUGGCCCACUAUGACUGUGAGGUCAAGGCUGUCCUGGGGCAGGCAUUCAUUUCCCUGAAGAGCCCCGAGGAACGGGAUAACAUCAUAGGCAUCCUUCUCAUCACAGAGUUUCUCCACAGUCAAGAGAUCACCCAGUAUGCAUCUCGAAGAACCAUGGGGAACUUCCUGAACCUGGGUCUGACUAAGUCCAACCAGCUGGUUCGAGCCUUGAGCCUGAAGGGCCUCAGCAGUGUGCAGAUGUGCCCAAAGAAGGUGGCCCUGCUCCGGGCCCAGCUGACUGGGAUGCUGGAAAGCUUCCUGAGGCCUGAGCCCUAUGACAUCCUGGGACUGAUGCUGCUUCUGGGUGACAUCCUGCGCUCCCUGGGCUCACAGGGCAUAGGCCCUGCCAGCCUCAAGAUGGCCCAGCACCUGCUGCACCUAUUUGAAGAUGACCGGUCAGAUGUGCGGGGAGGAGCCAUCUUCCUCUACGGAGACGUCAUUCACAGCGGGGGUAAGAAGUUCCACCAGAUGCUCCAGUGUCAUGCCUUCCAGGCCCUAGUGCCACUGCUCUUCCACAUGGCUGACUCCUGCCCGAAAGUGGUCAUGAAGACAAAGUUCACCUUCUUCCGCUGUGCCAUCCUGCUAAAAUGGGAGUUCCGGAAAGAGCUAUUCAGCCGGUUGGCGUGGGGCCAGGGCCUGGGUGCCGAGAACGAUAUUUUCAUCUACACGGUGGAGAGCAACUUCGGCAACUACCACAAGUUUCUCAUGCAGGCUGUAAGGUAUCUGGAGAGCCACGACCCAAACCUGAAGUUCAUAGCCAUGAAAUUUAUUGGGGGCUUGCUGCAGGAUUACUUCACAGACCUCUGCUUCUACUUAAAGAAGAAUGAUAUGAAGUUCCUUGGGAAAUACUUCGAGAGCCUCAAGGAAGAUAAAGACUCCAGGAGUCGCAGAUUCUACUGGAACUUCCUGGAAGACUUCACAGAGCUGACCCACUACGUGAUCAUGAACAGCUGAGCCAGGCUCCCUGACUUGCUGGGAUCAUUGUUGUAGAGAAUUUCUAUUAAAUGUGACAGAGUUCCUUCUA